GUGCCGCCGGCCGCGGCUUUCGGCGCUGUGGCCGCGCCGUCCUACCGCGGCCCCGGCAACAAUGAUACGCGGCCUAACAAGGCGCUGCCUAUCCUGCUGUGGUGGAGCGGCAGCCUCUUCCCGCACUUCCCCGGCGAUACGGAGCGCAUCGACUGCCCGCGCGGCUCCUGCCUGGCCACGCGGAGCCGGCGCGCGGCGCAGCACCGCCGCACCAAGGCGCUCAUCUUCUACGGCACCGACUUCAGGGCCUAUGAGGCGCCGCUGCCCCGCCUGGCCCACCAGACCUGGGCCCUCUUCCACGAAGAGUCCCCGAUGAACAACUACGUGCUCUCGCACUCCCCCGGCAUCGGCCUUUUCAACUACACGGCCACCUUCCGCCGGGAGUCCGACUACCCCCUCACCCUGCAGUGGCUGCCCGAUGCCGGCUACCUGCGGCGCCCGCCCGUGCCCCUGGCAGAGAAGGACGCGUGGCGGAGGCAGGGCUACGCGCCCGUGCUCUACAUGCAGUCCCACUGCGAUGUGCCCUCAGACAGGGACCGAUACGUGCGGGAGCUCAUGAAAUACAUCCAGGUUGAUUCCUAUGGGAAAUGCCUGCAUAACCGUGAGCUUCCUAGUGAGAGACUGAGAGACACUUCUACAGCCACUACAGAAGAUUCUGAAUUCAUGACCUUUGUUGGCAGAUACAAGUUUCACUUGGCCUUAGAAAAUGCCAUAUGUAAUGACUACAUGACUGAGAAACUGUGGCGCCCAAUGCAUCUGGGUGCUGUCCCUGUAUACCGAGGCUCUCCUGUUGUGCGAGACUGGAUGCCAAACAACCUCUCCAUCAUUCUCAUAGAUGACUUUAACAGCCCUCAAGAGCUGGCAAAGUAUCUUGAUUUCUUGGACAAGAACGGAGAGGAAUAUUUGAAGUAUUUAGAGUAUAAAAAGCCUGGUGGAAUCAAAAACCAGUUCCUGCUUGAGAGCUUGGAGAGGCGGGAGUGGGGUGUGAAUGAUAUGACUCUGCCCAACUACUUGAAUGGCUUCGAGUGUUUCGUCUGUGACAGGGAGAAUACCCGAGUCAAAGAAGAACAGGAGUACAGAAAGUCUGGUAAGAAAUUUCCAGCUCCCAAACCUCGAGUUGCUCAGUUCAAGCAUAUGGGAUGUCCUAUGCCAACUCCUGGGUUUGGAAGCGUUGAAGAUAUCUCUGGAGGAGACAGUUGGAAAGAGAUGUGGCUGCAGGAUUAUUGGCAAAGUCUUGAUCAGGGUGAGGCUCUCACUGCUAUGAUUCAUCACAAUGAGUCGCAUCAGGGAAGAUUUUGGGAUUAUAUGCACGAGAUUUUUCUCAAGAGGACCAGGCAUCACUGAGUCAUCUUUGGAAGACAUUGACUUGAAAAUUAUGAGGAAAAGACCAUCUAAUGCUGAAGUGGCUCAGUUCAGCAAGGGAUGAUUCUGGGGCUCUUGGAAUGGAUCAAAGCAAGCCAUGAUAUUUUUGGACAUUUUUGAACAAUAAAGAGGC